CGAUCGUAGCUUCCAAUUACUCGCCCCACACUCCGUAACGGCUCUCCGGUGGCCGAACCAAAAAAAAAAAAAGAAAAAAAAGAAAGAAAAAUUGUUAAGCGCGAAAUCAAAAAUUUACAAAACUAAAUAAUAGGAAUGCUUUAUUAAUCUUUAUUUUUGGCGCCGUUUUUGGUCCCCAAUUUGAUUUGAAAUUGAAACCCUCUCUCUUCCAAUCCAUGGCGGCUUCUCCAGCCCUAAGCAACAACUCCUCCGACACCGCCACUACUGCUUCCACCGCCGUUGCACUUUCUAUACCUCCAUCUUCCGCCACUACCACUGCCACUGCCACUGCUAUUGCCGCUGUUGCUGCCCCGAUCUCCGUUCCCUCCGUCAUUCCGGCUGUUAACACCGUCAAUCGUACGGACACACCGCCUAAGACUCUUCGCGGACUUAAUAAGCCUAAGUGUAAGCAGUGUGGUAAUGUCGCUCGCUCUAGGUGUCCAUAUGAAUCAUGCAAGAGUUGCUGUGCCAAAGCUCAAAAUCCAUGUCAUAUUCAUGUUUUGAAAGCAAAUGCCACUUUUCCUGAUAAGGCACCAACAUCAAGUUCUCCUUUAUUUGACCAGCAGUCUACUGACGCAUCGUCAUCAGGGAAUUCACAUAGAGUGGCUUCAUAUCGGCAUCUUUCAAGCAGUUUUUCUCAAUUCAGUAACGUGCAAAUCCCUGUCCGAUCAAGGAAGCCAUUGACUAGAAAGGAUGCUGCAGCUAUAAAUGAAUGGAGAUUUGCCAAGUUAAAAGAAUACAAGGAAAGAAGUAUUGAAGUGGAAAAUGAAUCUUUUGAUCGAUACAUGCAAAAUGUCAACUUAUUGGAGGAACUAUUUUCAGUGAAAAGUAGUCCCGACAGAUCAAAUGACGAUGAGUCAUCUAUACCAAACCGUAACCCUGCUUCGAUGGAAGAUGACUAUGAUGCUGCAUUUUCAGGUUUGAAGUUGAAGAUGAGGUCUAACCCUCUGAGAACUAGUAACUUCAGAAAGAGAAUACAUCAAAUUGUUGAUCGAGGAUUAAAAAAGCUUCAGAAGAGUGGGUUGGAUGGCUGUGAUAACGGACCGGUUGAUCCAAAGGAGUUGGACAAAGGGCCCAAAAGUGAAGAAGAUUUGUGGGCUGAAAGGGCUUCAACUUUAAAUGAGCUUGUUGACAAGCUAAACAAAGCCCGAAACGAGGAGGAUUUAAAAUCUUGUUUGGAGGUAAAAUCUCAGCUUUUUAAUCAUCAUAAUAAAGAAAUUCAAUUAGAGUCUAGGGAUAUAAAGUCAUUAACUGAGGAGACUGGCAAAAAUGAUUUGGAAGUAAGUAGAGAAGUAAACUUUUCAUUGCCAUCAUUGAUCACUCCAACCGAAAUAGAUCAAGAAACUCUAAGACAUGUGGAUGCUCACUUCUCUUCCCUUGAUGGAAUAGAAAGUCUAUAAUUAGAGCUUAGAGAUAAGAUAAGACUUGGAACAAGAUUUGGAUUGUAGAUUAGCCAAUUUGGGAGGUUUAUAGGUUUAGGAAAACGAAAGAAAAAAAAAGAGGCACACAAUUUUUAUGUAAUUUCAUUUUAGAAUGCAUAUGUUUUUAGUUCCAUAAAUUAAUGUGUUUAUAAAUAGUUAAUUACCUCCAAUUUGUAUUCUGUUUGAAGAUACAUUGAUUUUCUCAUUAAUUCCUUGAUACGUUACAAUA